CCCCCACCCGGCCGGCGCGCGCGCCGCUAUGCACCGCAGGCUGCGUCAGGUCCGCCCGAGUAUAAAUACGGGUGGCAGGACGGCACCCCGCCGCACACAGCCAUCCACUUGUCCCUGUCCCUCUCUCCCCCGUCCUUCUUUCUCUCUAGGCCCCCAUCUCCGCCGCGGGCCAGAGGGGCACCGGCCGCCACCAUGAGUUCCUUCAGCUACGAGCCGUACUAUUCGACCUCCUACAAACGGCGCUACGUGGAGCCGCCCCGGGUGCACGUUUCCAGCGUGCGAAGCGGCUACAGCACGGCGCGCUCCGCGUACUCCAGCUACUCCGCUCCCGUCUCCUCCUCGCUCUCCGUGCGCCGCAGCUACUCGUCCAGCUCCGGCUCCUUGAUGCCCAGCCUGGAGAAUCUGGACCUGAGCCAGGUGGCUGCCAUCAGCAACGACCUCAAGUCGAUCCGCACGCAGGAGAAGGCGCAGCUCCAGGACCUCAACGACCGCUUCGCUAGCUUCAUCGAGCGCGUGCACGAGCUGGAGCAGCAGAACAAGGUCCUGGAAGCCGAGCUGCUAGUGCUGCGCCAGAAACACUCCGAGCCGUCGCGCUUCCGGGCGCUGUACGAGCAGGAGAUCCGAGACCUGCGCCUGGCGGCGGAAGACGCCACCAACGAGAAGCAGGCGCUCCAGGGCGAGCGCGAAGGGCUGGAGGAGACUCUGCGCAGCCUGCAGGCGCGAUACGAAGAGGAGGUGCUGAGCCGCGAGGACGCCGAGGGCCGGCUGAUGGAAGCGCGCAAAGGCGCAGACGAGGCUGCGCUCGCCCGCGCCGAGCUGGAAAAGCGCAUCGACAGCCUGAUGGACGAAAUCGCCUUUCUGAAGAAAGUGCACGAAGAGGAGAUCGCCGAGUUGCAGGCGCAGAUUCAGUAUGCGCAGAUCUCCGUGGAGAUGGACGUGGCCUCCAAGCCCGACCUCUCUGCCGCGCUCAAGGACAUCCGCGCGCAGUACGAGAAGCUGGCCGCCAAGAACAUGCAGAACGCCGAAGAGUGGUUCAAGAGCCGCUUCACCGUGCUGACCGAGAGCGCCGCCAAGAACACCGACGCCGUGCGCGCCGCCAAGGACGAGGUGUCGGAGAGCCGCCGCCUGCUCAAAGCCAAGACCUUGGAGAUCGAAGCGUGCCGGGGCAUGAACGAGGCGCUGGAGAAGCAGCUGCAGGAGCUGGAGGACAAGCAGAACGCCGACAUCAGUGCCAUGCAGGACACAAUCAACAAAUUAGAAAAUGAACUGAGAACCACAAAGAGCGAGAUGGCUCGAUACCUGAAAGAAUACCAAGACCUCCUCAAUGUGAAGAUGGCUUUGGAUAUUGAGAUUGCAGCUUACAGGAAACUCUUGGAAGGCGAGGAGACCCGGCUCAGUUUCACCAGCAUGGGCAGCAUCACCAGCGGCUAUUCCCAGAGCUCCCAGGUCUUCGGCCGAUCUGCCUACAGCGGUUUGCAGACCAGCUCCUACCUAAUGUCUGCUCGCUCCUUCCCUUCCUACUACACCAGCCACGUCCAGGAGGAGCAGAUCGAGGUGGAGGAGACCAUCCAGGCUGCCAAAGCCGAGGAAGCCAAGGAUGAGCCCCCCUCUGAAGGGGAAGCUGAAGAGGAGGAAAAGGAGAAGGAAGAGGGGGAAGAAGAGGAGGGAGCUGAAGAGGAAGAAGCUGCCAAGGAAGAAUCUGAAGAGGCGAAGGAGGAAGAAGAAGGAGGAGGAGAAGGUGAAGAAGCUGAAGAAGAGGAGAAGAAAGAAGAAGGUGCUGUCGAGGAACGAGCAGCUAAGAAGAAAGAUUGAGUCCCCUUUUCCUAACUGUUCCAGGAAAAUUUCUCCCCAGAUUUGGUCAACUUCAUCGCCAGUCAACCAGUUGAGUUCCAGACCCUACAUGAAUGAAGAAGUUAAUAUAGGUAUACUUCUGAGAUGACCUAGGUUGGACAUUCAAUGUUGUGCUAUGAAUUUUCUCCUUAUGCAGAGUAUUCGUUUGCUUGCAGAGUGGCUUUCUGGCUUGCUGCCAGCCAGUGCAUGGUCCAUGCUUAUGAGUUCAGGAUCGAUGACAAUGUGAAUCCUUCAGAUGUUUACAAUAAAAAAAGUGAAUAAAUGAAUUUACUAAUGUUAAUGUUAAACUUGAUGGAAAAAUAUUCCUUUGAACCUUUGGUGGAUGGAAGUUAAAGACCUCGAGUUAUGUGCAAUAAAUAGUAAAUAAAGUUACACCGAGUGACAUUUCUUGCUGUGGUUUUUCACUUAAUUAAAAUACCUUUAAACAUGGUAUCAAUAUAAACAAUAUACAAGUGGACUAUUGACCUUCAGUUUUUCGAAAAGCUAAAAUUUUAACAGCUACAAUACCUUCUUUAAUUGGAAAUUCUGAGGGAUACAGUUAGGUCAUGACUAUAAUAUCUUGUCCCUCAAAAUUGUACUCAUAAUAAAUGAAAUGAGAGAGUCCAUAAAUAAUAAUAUAUUCUAUAAAAUGUACUGUAUUAUGUUGAAGGAUGACUUUGUAGGAGACAGUUUUGAAAUUAUAUGACAAAUACAUCCUUUAUGGACAACUAGGAUGUGAUUAUGCAAUAUGGGUAGAAUAUGAAUUCCACAUGUUCAUCACUGUGGCUACAUUUUUAAUGCAUUCUAAAUAUGGGCAGAAGUUGAAACCUGAGCACAUGAUAUAACGAAAAGGAAUGUUUUUAUCAAUGUAUAAUUUAGAGAGGAGAAAGGAUAUCAAAGGUUAUUUGCCACUGUAACCAUGUUGCCUGCAAUCCUGAGCUCGUGCUGUAAGCAUAAUUCUGUUACCUAAAAUAAAUAGCAUUUAAUGCCACACAUUUUUUUAAUGUUUAAAAAAUUGCAGACACCAGUAAUGAAAUUAGUAGUAGUCACGUAGUGGGAAGAUAAUAUAUUUGUGUGUUACAUUGGCAUCGCUCUGCAUGUCUUAAUUGGGAAAUACUGGGAUUUCAAUAACUGGUUGGAUGUUGCAUAAAAAUCACACCCGGUCUGUCUGUGUCCACUGUGAAGUUAUGAAAGCUCUCACCUUUGCAUUUGCUGUGGAAUAUAGAUGAAAUUAUUGUCUCUCUGCUGCUCUGCUUCUGUUAUUAACUGCAUUGUCAGCUAACUUUGUUCAGUAACUGUUUUUAAGAUGACCUUUGAAAGUUAUGGAUUUCACCUGAAACCAAAGUGGUCUCCGUUUCAAGUUAUAUGAUCCCUUUGCAUUUCCGGAAAGAUUAGGUAUCUCCUCAGAAGCCAAGCUUUUCACAUUUAUCCUCAUUAAGUAUGGGAGGAUGUUCAUGGCUUAGUGUACGCUACAUGGCAAAAGUGCCUCAUCGAACGGAAACAGCUGGUUGAUGUGAGAAAGACUUGGUUGAAGUAAGAACAUUGUUCCAUACUCUAUCCUGUGUGCCAUAAUAAAAUACUGAAAAGACUUAAA